UUUUUAUUGCAUUAGCGGAUCUAAAGCAAUGCGCCGCCACAUUCAACAUCACAAAGUCCUCUCCUACAAAUGAGUUUAUCAGCGUGCUAUUCUACGGUAUUAAACAUUUAGCUACGGAAUGAAACGUAGACAACACGACAGCCAAUAUGCCACGUCCACUAAGAUCGAGCUGUGAUCGUUGUCACUCGCAGAAGCUCAAAUGUCCUAAGCAGCCUGGAGUCGCAACUUGCACAAGAUGUCUCAAAGCCGGUGCCACUUGUAUCUUCAGCCCGGCCGGACUUAGCACUCGACGCGCGUUGCCGGCCUCUAAUCUUACCUACUUGAACGGCGACCUGGAUAUGAAUAUGCAGUUUGACUGGCCUCCUUUGGAAUUUGAAAAUGCCUUAGUCACUCCCCCAGAAGUUUCCCAAGAAUCCCUACCAGAUCAACAGGUCGAACAAUCAGAGCCAGCUUCGCAGGACCCACGGUCAACCUACAUCCGUCUGCUAACCUCCCUGGCGGUCGAGGUUGAUCAGGUAUCUAUAACUUUGUCAUCCGUGUCGCACGUCCAUGUGCCCAAGAAUCGACCAAUUGGGGAAUAUCAUGAUAAAUUCAUCGAAAAUGCCGCCCGCACCGUCUGUAUCGAGCAACUCUUCACUCUAGCUCAGGGCCUUACGGAUAUUUACCCACAGGUCCUAAGCGUCCUUUUUGAUAGGCCAGACUCUCCUAACUGCCAGGAUCCGGAUUGCUUUCAUAUGUCCGAGCUGCCUGAUGAUAUAGCGGCCUUCUUUUCGACCCCAGGUGAUGAUCAGAAUGAGAUUGAUACCUUUCUCUUCAACCUUUUGGUGUCCUGCCACGCCAAAGUUGUAGACGCGAUGGGGACCAUUAUCAGCUGUGCGAAAACGUGUACUCAAGUCACCUUAGCCUCACCUGACCUUGUCGAGCCACAUGUGCAUGUACCAGAAGUUCGAGUUGGAAACUUUGUUGCAACCAAUACGGCCGCUUCGACGAUGCAGACCGUCCUCUUAAUCCAUAUCGCUUCGGUUCUCGUUGAUAAUGCCCAACGGCUUACUAAACGAGUCAUUGCCACAAUAGAGGACAGGCCUGGCAGCAAGCAAGCUCAAAUGCUGAAACUCCAAUGCGAACUAUUAGAGGAGAAAUCGGUCUCCAAGAUGAAACUAUUGCAACAGGUCAAGGAUCUAUUUACAACUAUAAGUUUCAUGAACUGCGAUCGAAGGACGGCAUCAUCGAAAAGAUGAAGGAUUAUUCUUCAAUGCCUUUCCGGAUAUUAGUGGCUCCACGAAGUUACAUAGAACGUCCACCAAGCAACCACCUCUAACCCAUCCAUGCCUUGUUUCGGUAUGGCCACUUGCCCUGCUAGUCGAAAUUCAUAAUGCUUACAGCCCCAGCCAUGUCUUUACCUGCUGAUAUCAACAUUUCACAAAGGAGCUAGAUACCUUGAUCAUCGAAUCUUCUUCAUUCGGCACCUAGAAGGCGAAGCUACCAGGCGAUAGACCGAC